AUGGCAGCAAGCCCCUCGACGAGUUCAAGAGCGAUUGAAGGCGAUGAGAGGCAGCCAUUGUUGCAAGGCGAACUCGAUCUAGAAGCCAAGACGAGCAUCACCCCCUUGCCCGUCAAACAAUUAUCGGUCCUUUGCAUGCUUAGAGUCCUGGACCCAUUAGCGUUCUCGCAGAUCUUCCCGUACAUCAAUAAUUUCAUGGAGGACCUGCAUUUGACGGAUGAUCCAUCUCAAGUCGGGUUCUACAGCGGAUUAGUGGAAAGUGCUUUCGCUCUAGCACAACUACUUGCGAUCUAUCCUUGGGCGUGGAUCUCUGACGUCAUUGGCCGGCGCCCUGUCAUUCUCCUCUGCGUCUCUGGACUCGCCGUCACCACAUUUCUGUUCGGUCUUUCGACCAGCUUUAGCGCAGUGAUGAUAUCCCGUAUCCUAGCCGGCUUGUUUACGGGGAAUGUGGCAGUCAUUCCUUCCGUCCUAUGCGAGAUAACAGACACGUCGAACCAAGCGGUCGCUUUCCCCAUCUUCGGUCUCUUCUGGCCGAUUGGUUCUAUAAUAGGACCACUUAUUGGAGGCUCCCUUUCAAACCCAGCGAAAAGGUUUCCUGCGUGGUUCGACUACCCGUUGUGGACCGCCUACCCUUACUUCCUCCCUUGCUUUAUUGCUUCCACAGUAACGGUGAUUGUACUUGUCAUCAGCUACGUUUUCCUCGAAGAGGUAUGUUCUCUGAAUGUUUCCGGGCCGACGGUUGAGCGGGAUGCCUUCGGCUCAAACCACGAUUUGCAGACACCUCCAACCUACACAAAAUCGCCUAGCGUCCGGAAGUUACUUCGCAAUCCUAUCAUCCAGUGUUUGUGCAUAUCAGGUUGCGCAAUGAACUUCGUGACAACCGCGUUUGAUGUUGUAUUCGUGCUUUUCUGCUACACGCCUGUCGAAUCGGGCGGGCUUUCCUUUUCGGAAUCUCAAAUAGGAUACACGCUUUCCAUUUCCGGCGCAUUGGCGGCCUCGCUGCAGCUCUUCGUGAUGCCCACGCUGCUGCGGACGUACGACCAUGCGAAGAUGUAUACGUUUUUCAUGGGGAUCUGGCCUCUCGCCUUUACUGCGCUUCCGAUGUUGAAUGUCAUCGCACGCGCGAGUGCUGACGGUGACGAAGGGAUUGCAUCGCCGCAGGGUGAAAUAGUGCUUUGGGUCAGCAUUGUGUUAUGCUUGUGUAUUGCUCGAACGGGGUUUCUUGCACACUCAUUGAACAUGCUCCUCAUCAAACGAUACGCCCCUCCGUUUGCUCUGGCUUCGACGAAUGGUCUAGUGCAAUUCUCCAUAUGUCUGGCUCGCGCAGUCAGUCCUGCUUUUAUUAGUUCCUUAUUUGCCCUUUCCACCAAUAAAAAUUUAAUCGGUGGUCGCCUUUGGGUCGUGGUUAUGUUCUUUAUGAGUAUCGGUGCUACCGCCAUCUCUAAAGCCAUCACUUGGUGUCAGCCAAGAGAGGUAUAA